GAGCCUCUGGGAGGAGGGAGGGUUAUAAAUACUUUGCUUUUCCUGCUCCAUCUUCCUUACAUAUUUUUCUACUUAUCAAUCAUAUCUACAUCUGCUACUACUUUCUCCAUACAUCGGGGUUUUAUCUACUACCGAACCUAAUCCACCACACUACAUACAUACAUACAUACACACAUACAAACCUUCCACACACCACAACCAAACCAAACCAAACCAAAACCAAUACAAACCACCAAAAUGAAAUACGCCCUCACCUCCCUCCUCCUCACCACCGCCCUCCUGGCCACCCCCUCCCUCACCACCCCCGCACCCGACGUCGUCAGCGACGCCAUCGGGAUCGCCCAAACGGCCGUAUCGGGGGGCGAAUCCCUGGCAACCAACAUCGCCAACGAUGCGACCUCCAUUGCCUCUGACGUCGCGACCGGCGGCGCAGCGGCAUACUCCUCCCUGACGUCCGCGGGCGGGGAAGUGGCCUCGAACGCCGAAUCCUGGGGUACAUCGGUGGCGUCGGACGCGCGGUCCGAUGCGUCGGCGGCGGCCUCGGAUAUCAGAUCUAAGGCGUCGGAUGUAGCGUCGGAGAUUACUUCUCGGUGGGAGAGCGCGACGACGUUGACGGGGUCGAAUGGGCAGCCGACGAGUACGGAGACGAUGAGUGGGAAGACGACGUUGACUGCUAGUACGGCGAGUGCGACGGGAAGUGCGGCUAGUACUGCUAGUGGAUCGAGUGCUAGUGCGACGAGUUCGACGAGUGAGGGGGCGGGUGUGGCUAUGGCGACGCCGGGUGUUGGAUUGGGGAUGGGAGUUGUGGGUGUUGCGGGUGUUUUGGGGGUUAUGGCUGCUUUGUAAGGGGUGGAGGUUGAGUUGAAGGGGGUUUUGUUGUUGAUGAUGGACGGGUGAUGAUGAUUGAUACCAAUGUAUAUGAUGUUUUGAUUUUGGAUUAUAACAUAUCAAGUUGUUUCAUUCUUGUCUAUUAGUAUUGGUAUAUAUAUGUAAACUGUAUAAUUAGUAGGAAGCACUAGUAUGCGCCUCAUCUCUCUUCUCUUCUGUCUCUGACUCUGGCUUCUCCUCUUCUACCCCGUCCACUGUCAUCUUCGGCCCUGUGUACCACUUGCGCGCGAACAGGAAGUAAUACGCCAUGCAAGCGACCCACACGAACCCGUUAAUGACGAUGGUGUAGUUCAUAUCGGAUG